AUGGUCAGAGGAGAAACCUGCAACUGUACAACAUCAGGAAUAACCAACAACGGCACGUGUGACAACACCACAGGCCAGUGCACCUGUAAGGAACAGGUGUUUGGUCGCACCUGCGACACCUGUAAGGUCGGCUUCUGGAACCUGACUGCGGACAACCCUCAGGGUUGCCAAGCCUGUGACUGUGAUGCAGCCGGCACAUUUAACAGCUCCAACCUGUGUGAUCAGCUGACUGGGAACUGUGUGUGUAAGGACAACACCGAGGGGGACAGGUGUGACAGGUGCAAGGAGGGGUCGUACAACCUGACUGCAGACAACCCCGCAGGCUGCACCCUGUGUGAGUGUGACCCUGGAGGAUCGGUCAGCCCACAGUGCAACAGUACAGGACACUGCGAGUGCAGACCACAGAUGACGGGAAAGACCUGUAGUGUUGCUGAGGAGGGGUUCUUUGUGCCAUUUUUGGACAACUUGCUGUAUGAGGCAGAAGUGGUAGCAGAGGCACAGAAUUCCUCCAUAGUUGAGUUGGACUCUACCCGAGUAACAGGCAGUGGUUACCUUCGUGUUCCUGUUCAAACUAACAUCUACUUCAACAUCACUGUACCGGCUACUCACUCGUAUGCUGUGGUACUGAGAUACAAUAGUGAAUUUUCUGGAGACUACGUCUGUGUGAGUCCAUCCCAUCAGCAGGGUUGCCAUGACAACAGCACCAGAACAAGUCUGCCUGCCUUUGGAGAAGGAGGAUCUGUGAUUGCAACAUAUGCCCAGCUGGAGGCAGGAGUGGAGCACACCAUCUCCAUCUACACAGGCAAUAGCAAUGGGACAGAGGGGCUGUUACUGGACUCUCUGGUGCUGUUACCUGAUCUGAACGAGACCUCAGUGUAUCAGACAGCCUCUCCUGAGGAACAGCAGACCCUGACAGACUGCUGGACUGCAGCAGCAUCCGUCACACUGCAGACCUCUGCAGACUGCCAGCUGUGGGGGAAUGCUGUCACUGCAGAGGUCUACGGGGUCCAAGAAUGUAGCUGUACCUCCCCUGGAGCCAAUGGAACGACCUGCUCCCCCCUCGGUGGACAGUGUGUCUGCCUGCCUGGGGUAGUGGGGAGGGACUGUGACAUGUGUGCUGCCUACACCUAUGGGAUAGCAACAGGAGAGGGCUGCACAGCAUGUGACUGCAACCAAUCAGGCUCCGUGGCUCAGUCAUGUGACCCUGUGACAGGGGCGUGUCGUUGCCAUGCCAACGUGCUGCCCCCCAAGUGUGACUCGUGCGCAGAUGAGCACUACGGCCUACAGACAGGACAGGGGUGUCAGCCCUGCACCUGUAACCUAACCUACUCAUAUAACAACUCCUGCAGUGAUGAGGGGCAGUGCCCAUGUAAGCCUUGGGUUGGUGGGACGACCUGUACAGAGUGUAUGGAAGACUACUAUGGACUUACUGACGAGGGGUGCACGCCCUGUGAGUGUAACCGAUAUGGUAGCCUGGAGGGUUGCCAUGGUAACGGAACAUGCCACUGUAGGAAUGCCACACAGGGGGACAAGUGUGGCACCUGCAAGCCAGGGUAUUAUGGCUUGGGAAACUGGACCAGCGAUGGCUGCCUGUCCUGUUUUUGUUCCAACCAUUCCUCCAACUGCUCCAAUAGCACCGGAUGGUACCAGAGCAGCAUCACCAACUCUUGGUCGCUCCUGGACGGCAGCGGCAUCAACGAGAGUCGCUGGCAGGCGGUUGAUGGGGAGGGGGGCACCGUGCCUGUCCGGGAGGACUACCGGAUUCUGGAGAGAAUCGUUCUGCGUGUGGAAGAUGUAAACUCCAGUGAUCUGUACCUCAGUGCUCCAGACGAGUACCUGGGCGAUAAGAGGUCUGCGUAUCUGCAGAGUUUCGUGUUUACGUUAAGCCAGACGUCUGUACAGAAUCAGACGGACACACCCAGGGAUGAUGUGGUCAUCAGGGGAUGGUACAGGGCUGAACCACUGGUCACCAGUCUUCCCUACAACCCUGGGCUCGACAGAACAACUUAUGAGUUCAAAUUCCACGAGGAUGAGCAGUGGUUUAUGGGUAACAUCAGUCAUGGACGGCGAGCCAGUAAAGCGGACAUCGUCACAGUCCUCUCUAAUGUCACACAGAUUCUCAUCAGGGCAAAGUACACCACAACCCCAGGAGAAGCUGUAGACCUUUACUAUGUGCGCAUGGACUAUGGAACCACAGACCCUUCCACAGGACCUGAUCUCAAUACCAUAGAGGAAUGCUCCUGUCCUGAGGGAUACCAGGGUCAGUUCUGUGAGGAGUGUGCACCAGGCUACACACGAGAGGUCCCCGGUCUCAUCGGUGACCCCCUGACCCCGUGUGUUCCCUGCGACUGUAACGGUCACGAGGCUGGGCCGUGCCAUGUUGACACAGGGGUGUGCAGCUGCACACACAACACCACAGGAGACCACUGUGAGCUGUGUGUGGACGGCUUCUAUGGUGAUGCUAUGUUAGGAAAUGCAGACUCGUGCCAGCCGUGUGAGUGUCCUGGUCUAGUCGGGUUUGACACCAACUACUUUGCUGAGACGUGUGAUGGGAACGGCACCUGUAAGAACUGUACAGGGAACCAUGUAGGGAACAACUGUCAGCACUGUGCACAGGGGUUCUAUGGACAACCACAUAAUGCUACAAACCUGAAUGGAGCGUGCCUACCCUGUAAUUGUACAGACAGCCCCCCUGUGUGUGACAGUGUGAGCGGGCAGUGUACCAACUGUACCAACAACACGGGAGGGGACCACUGUGAGAGGUGUGCGGACGGGUGGUAUGGACUGGUCAUGCCUGGCAUGGGGAACAACUGCACAGAGUGUAACUGCAACAAUACAGGGAGUCUCAGCCCCACUUGUGACUAUACUACAGGCCAGUGUGCCUGCCAGCCUAACAUCACAGGAAGACAGUGUGACGUGUGUGUGCCCAAUAGCUGGAAUUUCAGCACCGAGGGCUGCACCCCCUGCAGCUGCCACCAGCCUGGGGCUGUCAGUCCACAGUGUGACCUAACGACUGGUGCCUGUAGCUGCACAGACCAUGCUGUAGGGAUGCAGUGUGAUAAAUGUGAGACUGGAUACUACCACAAUCAGGACCAGGAGUGUGUCACAUGCAACUGCAGCAGCCUGGGUACUGUGAAUGGGAACAUGACCUGUGACCCUAGGUCAGGUCAAUGUGACUGCAGGAGUGGGGUCAGAGGUCAGAAAUGCGACCAAUGUGACUUUGGAUUUGAAGCUGGAAGGAUUAACAGCAAUAACCUGGGAGACUUCCCCAACUGCACUGUCUGUCCUCCAUGCUUCAACGCCUCCGUCUUAAGAAUCCUCAACAUCACAGAAGAGCUGAACACUACUUUUGAGGAGAUCCAAGCCCUGUGGGGCCAGUAUGGAAACAUGUCAGUAGAGGAGGUCCGACAGAUUCUGACCCAGCUGAACAGAACCCUGCAGAACGUGACAGGGGUGUUACAGGAGGAGAUAGUGGAUGGGAGGAACAUCAGGGAGCUCAACAUGCUGUAUGAACAGAUAAGAGAUAUUUCUGCAGAACUGGAAUCCCAUCUGGCAAGACUCAACUCAACCCAGGCUGAUCUUGACAAGCAACUUGAGGACCUUUCAGAGUUUGAUGGAACUGUAGUCAUGGAUGGACAGGUUAUCAGCCCUGAGAGCACUGGCUCCCUCUUAGACUCAGUGAAAGUUGGCAUAGCCAACAGAACCACCACAGCAAACAUCACCUGGCAGAACAUCAACCAGAUUCAACAAGACCUGAACGCCAGCCUGGCUGUGCUGUACGGACUGGAGAACAACAUCUCACACAUCAACCAAACUCUGCAGGAAUCAGAGAGCCUGGUCCAGGAAACUUUGGUCAUCACAGCAGAGAACUACACCACAGAGGUGCAGCAGAAUGUGGAACAGUUGGAGAGGCUGAAUGAAACUGCUGCAACACUAUUGGAACAGUUUACUGUGCUAGCUACUAAUGUAUCCAAGAUGAGUGUGAAGACAAAGAAUGAUUGUGAAAAACUCCAGCACGACAUUAAUAACAUCUGUUCAUGGGAGAAGAUGUGGCUUAUGGCCUUUAAUCCGUCCAAAUGCGAAGUAAUGUCGGUCCCAGCCUCCAGAAACCCGAUAACAUUCCCCUACUCCCUCCACCAACACCCCCUGACCAAGCUUCUCCAGGAAGUUCAGGAAGGGAACCUGACAGUGCAGCAGUCUCUGGUGCAGGCUGAGGAACUAGUGAGGAGUGCAGCAGAGCUGGACAGGCUGAUCAACCAAACACAGCUCAACAGUUCUGCUGUUCACAUGGAGGCACUGGCCACACUUAACAAAGCACAGGAAUAUCAGAUGUUUGCUGGUGCUUCACUAAGCAACAUGACCAGUGCCCUGGCGCAGGUAACCAUGCUGGGACAGUUGUUGGAAGAGGUCAACAACAAGACCUCAGAAGCUGGAGACCUUGCCAAUAGCACACUCAACAUGUCAAUACGACAGCUGCAGGACAUGGUGAACAUUUCCAGCCAGAUCAAUAGCACGACAGUUGCAGAGGAGCUGGUCAACAGGACACUGCAGGGGGCCCAGGAGGGGCUUCAGACGGCACAGGCUCUCCGUAAUGUCACACAGGCUGCUGAGGAGGAAGCAGGAAGAGCUCUGGCCCUGGUUCAGCAGAUAGAGACGUCCCUGAUGGACAGUAACAACACCAGGCAGAACAUCAGGACAUCCCUGCAGACUGUGGAGGCAGAUAGACAGGAGAUACAUAACAUCACAGCACAGGUUAUGAGGACAGCCCAGACCUCCCAUGGCCAGGCCAGCACUGUCCUUUCUGACGUGCUCCUGGUGAGAGGGGAGGUGGGCAGGCUACAGCAGUGCUUCCUGCAGGGGAGACAGGGCGUCCUGCAACUGGCUAAUACAGCACAGGGCAUUCACGAUGUCUCAGCAUCUAACACACAGAUAAUAACAGACACCAAACAGGAACUGACUGCUGCACAGUCUCAAGCCAGUGCCUUAGUGUCUGACAGUGAGGCCCUCCAGCGGGAGGCGUUGGAACUGCAGGGGAACGAGGCUGCUGCUCUUGUUGGUGAGAUGGCCUCACUAGAACAGGUGGCCGAGAUACAAGACCUGCUGGAUGUGUACAUCGCCGGGCAGCAGGAGAUGGAGGACUUGGAGGCGGAGAUGGUAGCUCUGGAGGGGCAGCUGGACUCUCUCAUCGCCAGCUUUGAGGCAGCGGACCCGACAGCACAGCAGUGUAGCAACCCCUAAGCUCUCAGAGCGAAUACCCAAAGUAUACAGAAAAUGAAUAAAAAUCAACGGAACUUUGCUGACUAGAGGGGAAACUGGACUCUCUCAUCGCCAGCUUUGAGGCAGCAGACCCGACAGCACAGCAGUGUAGCAGCCCCUAAGCUCUCAGGGGUAUACAA